AUGGACGCCUUCAGGGAAAACAGGAACAUAGAACUUGAGACUCAGAAUUAUGACUCGGGUGUUCUCAGUAUGGCCAGUUCCAGCCCAAGCCUCUCUGCGGCCUCGGCGGCCUCUGCUGCCUUCAUGGGAAACACGGGUUCUCUCAUAGUGGUGAAUCCUGAUCCAAGUAUCUCUUCCACCUCUCCCGCAUCUUCUGACUCUUCUGCCUCUUCCAUCUUCUCCAUCCCUGCCCUCGUCUCUCUGCCUAGUCUCUUCUUCGUCAAACAUCCUCAAAUCUCUCUGGAACACGCCAUGAAGAUGUUCUCUGUCCUCUAUCUGAGCCCGAAAGAAUGCCUCGCGGCUUCUCUCCCGCUUCAGGUCAUAGUGGGCGGUCUACGUCUUCAGGACGUCCCACUUUCUCAGUUCAUAUGA